AUGGUGAACGUCCUUUGGGGUAUUGCUGCAAUGACACUGGAUGGGCCCGGAUGCACCGCAGCAGAGGUCCUUGCGAAGUUCAGAGAAGCAAUGAAGCUCGAGGACUGGUCAGAGGCCAGCUUCAAGCAGACCGUUGACCUUUACCGCCUAGUACCCGUGACUGAUCACAUCAGUGGACUGGCAGACCAGGAGCAGCUUCUUGUACACAUACCGGGCUCACGCAUCACCUGCGAGGCCAUAGAGGACGUGUAUCGGCAACUGGAAGAAGCGGAGCUCCGCUACGAGCGGACUCGUGAGGCCGUUGCAGCCCUGGGCGAGGCCAUAGAGUCGCAGGAGGCGCCGGCAUCAGUGGAGAGCGGAAGGGUGCCGGAUGAUCUUCAUCUCCGACAGGAGAAUGCUAACCUCAGGAAGCAGCUUGAGGUUCUCGAGUACGGGCGACGCAUGAGUGAGCAGCGAGCACAACUCAGCGAGGAGAGCCAAGCCCAGCUCAUGCGAGAGGUCUCGCAAUACCGCCAAGAGGUUACACCUCGACGGCCUGCUGGCCCGGCUGUGCGGCAGGUUGCAGGUGCACCAUUUGGCCCUGUGCCAACUUUACACUUCUCUUCCGGCACAGUCGCGCCUGCUCCUCCAUUGUCCAACUGCAUGGCGAGUUCCCAGCCAGGGAGUAACCCGGUGACUCCUCGCACGACGCAGCUGAGGAUUCAGACCAGAACACAGGCGAGAGGGGCAGCGGCCAGUCCAGUUCCUGCCUUCGGCCAGGCUCGAGUGGCCUACGGCUACAUGAGUGCAAUGGACAGGAUCCCCCGUGAACCCCUCAGUGCCGCUGCACCGCCCCAGGUGCCCAUGAACUCAGUGGGCGUCACAGCGGCGGCUGCAGCCGCAGCGGCUGGCCGAAGCACACCCACAGCAAAGGUUAAGGUCAGCCCCGUCCGGAUCUCCGGCCUGAGGGGCUGA